ACUACGUUGCUGUGGGUACAACCCAUCACCUUUCCAUCUUCACGUUCUUGUGGCAUCUUCAGCUGCUGGCCCCCUGUGUGGGGAUGUCUCUUGGUACACUGAUGCUCCGACUGCAUGCAGGGAUGCCCCUCCUGCCACCAUGGAUCGCCCUCGCGCUUCUGCUGCUCACGUCGUGCGUGACCAGCCAGAACGCCUCGCCUAGCUUCGAGAGCCUGAGCCGGCGCACGGGUCCGACGAACGACGGGUGGGAGUCGGCGUUACGUGCGCUCGCUGGACACUCGGUGGAAAGCUCUCGUGGAGUCGCGCAGCACAUGCAAUCCAACGCGGGUGACUUGUCGGCGAUUUUGCCGCCAGAAUUGGUAGCCAAUAUCCGCACAUCCGGCCUCACAAGGCAGGCCUAUCAGCAUCUACCCCACGCAUCUCACAAUGCGGAAGCCACGCCUGAUAUUUACACUGGCGGGCUUCCUCUACGGUCCGAUGGUUCUCGCCUUGGCAGCCGACUGCCCUCGAUCGAUGCAGAAACGCCCUACGAUCAUGACGCUGCAUCGACGCGCUCCCGGGAACAAGCUGGAUACUCGCACGCUUUGAACGAUCCAAACCAUGUUCCCGGUCGCCACGUCAGGCACCAAAUUUUGACUGACCUACAAUCUGCCUCAAGCGGAAAGCCCGGCCCCAAGUCUGGGAGCAUGUAUAUCAAACAUCGACUGGGUCCAUUCUCGUCGCUUGCAGACGUCGAUGCAUUGCCGCUCGACUCGCCAAAGGCAAAGCGUGGCUACGGUCAGCUUAGGGCAGAGCCGGAAGAAUUGGUUUCGGCAGAGAGUCCGCCUGCGAGGCAUCUGGAAGCAGCUGCAAAGAUGGAGCAAUGCCCUGGCGGCGUAAAGAUCUGCCAUGAAUCUCGUCACCGUCAUCUUGAAGCGCUCAGUGAAGCGGCCGAUCACCACAAGAGGACAUUUAUGCCAAACAUGGCAUUCUUUACCCCUCGACAAGGAUUUGGGCGGACCAGAACAGAGCCUGUGCUUCACACUUGGGGUGUCGCCUACGACAAGGACAGCCGCAAAAUUCCCGGUGGCGGCAUUACUUCUACUGGAAAAGAGUAUGGUGUCACGAUGAUGUACAUGAAGCCAGGUAGCCGCUUGUAUGAUAAGAUGGAUCAAGUGGCACACGCUGAGACGCCAGGUCCAAACGCGCGAAUUCGGACUUCGGUGGUACCUGCCCUGUCGCGCGCCGAAUUGGCAAAACUAGCACGAAGCGCUCGAAGAAGACUCCGAGCUGGGACGGGAGGAGGACCACAGUAUGCUUCUUCUAGGCAGAGGCAGCUAAUGGCACAGCUGGAUCCGCAAGGGAAAGAGGCGAAGCCCGAUGCUUCUGGGGGGCACGCCUCGAGCAGCAGUGGCAAAUAUCACUUUAGAUGGAUUUGAAAACACCACGACUUCACCCCCUUCGCUGCUAGCACGAAGGCGCUUGCCAAGCGUGUGCUCGUUUGAGUCCUGAACCUGUCUGGCUUUUCGCGUCACGCGGGCCGAGUCUCUUUCAAGCGCUCGCCAUGCACCAAAGGCUGCUGCUGUCCUCGUCGCCUCAAAGCCGCGCUUCAAAGCCCUGGUGGC